AAUCAAAGGCUCGAAGUGUAAUUUACUUUAAAAGUUUCCCUAAAAAGAAAUAUGGUAAAAGAAUAAGGACUAAGAUGACAAAUUAUGAAAUUCUAGGAAUAGAAGUUUCAAGAAAAAAACCAAAAACAAAACCAGACUUAAGAUUAGCAAAACCGCCCAAACCGGUACAGGAAAGAGCGCCAGGCAACAGAAAAAAAAAAAAAGGAUUCAAACCGUAAAAGGAUGUCGGAGAAAUUGGCUCCUGAAAAACGACAUAGUUUCCUUCACAACGAUGAAAAGGUGUUUGAAUGGGAUCAAACCUUGGAAGAGGUAAAUAUUUACAUAAAUUUACCGCCGAAUGUUCACUCCAAGCAGUUUUACUGUAAGAUUCAGUCCAAACAUGUCGAAGUUGGAAUCAAAGGCAACCCUCCUUAUCUCAAUCAUGAUUUGUUCUGCCCGGUGAAGACGGAUUCAUCUUUCUGGACGCUCGAGGAUGAUAUAAUGCACAUAACAUUGCAAAAGAGGGACAAGGGUCAGACGUGGUCAUCACCUAUACUAGGUCAGGGUCAGCUGGACCCUUAUUCCACUGAUCUCGAGCAGAAGCGCCUCAUGCUUCAGAGGUUUCAAGAAGAGAACCCAGGUUUUGACUUCUCCCAAGCUCAGUUUACUGGGAGCUGUCCAGAUCCAAGGACUUUUAUGGGUGGUAUCCGUUCUGAUUGACAAUCUUCAUAUUCUGGUUUGAUCACUUAAAUUAUCCUGUUAUUAAGUCCUAACCUUUACUUAGCAAAUAAACAGUCUAAUGUGCUUUCUCCCCUUGGGCAUAAGGCUUGAAUUAACUUAUUGACUCAGCCAUCAAUCUGUGAUGACGGUAUCGCUACUAUGUGGUUUGCAAUCACUAUGUUCAAAUGUAAUAUGAGAAAUUGGAUUUAUCUUAUAGGUUUUUUUUAUCCUGCGUUGGAAUA